AUGACAGUCCACGAAGUCAAGAACCUCGCCGAGUUCAGGGAUACCCUUGAAAAGCACACAGUCGUCCUCGCAGAUUUCUGGGCCCCGUGGUGCGGACCAUGCCGAUUCAUCAGCCCCGUCGUAGAGAAGAUGUCAGAAGCAACUGAAUCUAUCUACUUUAUCAAGGUCAAUGUUGACGAGGCCGAGGAUGUGUCUCAAGAGUACGGCAUCCGAGCGAUGCCUACCUUUAUGCUCUUCAAGGAUGGCGAGAAGGCCAAUGAGGUUGUGGGAGCAGACCCUUCCAAGUUAGAGCAGCUCGUCAAUGAGUACAAGAGCUAG